AUGGGACUUUGGCCCCAAGAAGGACCUGAUCCAGCUGCCAGGGACCCUAACACUAUCAACGAACAUCUACAGGGUGUGGUAUUUGACGAGGUGAUUGCAGAGCCGUCGGCGGACGUUGUUCAUAGCGGCGACUGCGUCUGGGUGCGGAAUUCAAAGGUUCAGAAAAUGACACAUCGACUAUACUGUGGUUGGAAGUUUAAGGAUGCAAGAGCUGUUUUUCUAGUUUUCCUGGCUGUGGCUCUGCUCACGAUUUUUGGAUCUUUUCUAUUUAAACGCAAACCAAUUCUCACGGGAUACAACUCUAUCUUCACAGGCCAGUCUCCUCCAAAGCCUAAAAUAUUUACAAAUUUUACAUCGGGGAUAUCAGACUCUCCAAGAAUAUUCUGUUGGAUGCUGACAACUCCUGAGAACUUGAACACCAAAGCUAAAGCUGUCAGAGACACUUGGUCAACCCGAUGUGAUGGUCGUUUGUUUGUUACAUCUGAUUUUACCGAUGACCAGUUCCCCGUUUUGGGCCUUGGUGUUCCGGAAGGCAGAGAUUAUUUAAGUGCAAAGUCAUUCACUACAUUUAAAUAUGCAUACGCCAAUUAUUUGAAUACUUUUGAUUGGUUCUUAAAAGCAGACGACGAUACUUACGUCAUAAUGGAGAACCUUAGACAUUUUUUGAUGUCUUAUAAACCGUCAGAGGCGUUGUAUUUCGGUCAGUAUAUCCCAACGAAUGGAGUAAAUGGUCUCCCUUGCAAACAGGGGUACAGUAGUGGUGGUGCAGGGUAUGUCCUCAGCAGAGAGGCGCUCAGACGGAUGGAGGAAAUAGGAGCAACAGAUACAAAGUACCAAUGCAGUACUGCUCCUGUCACUGGCUUUGAGGACGCAGAUGUGGGCAUAUGCUUGGAGAAUCUCAAUGUCACAUUAGGAGAAUCACGUGAUAAUCAAAAUCAUUUGACAUUUCAUUCAUUUGACCCCGUCAAUGUCUUAAACAAAGAUGAAGUCCUCUCUGAAUAUUAUCAUUACAAAAAAGGAAGAACUCAGCUUGGCAACGGGGUUGAUCGCAUCCUGAGCAACACAACGAUAUCCUUCCAUUAUAUAAACCCAGGCAUGAUGUACUUCAUAGAUUUUUUACUGUAUGACUUGCAUCAACACGCAGGAUCACAGCUGAUUGCGGAAAGAAGCGAGACGGAAGCAGAAAUGCCGAGCUUUAAGCGUUCCAUCUUUAUUUUGGUACUGCUGUUUGUGUCAGUCACGGCCAAGAGAAAAACCGAAAGAAGAUGUAGGUCCGGGGGCCCCUCUACUGGUGAUUUCAAGCACUAUUCUCGGACCUUGCAUCUCAUGGGACAAGGUUAUAAAGAGGUUGUUGUUCCUAAAACACCGUUGAUUCAAUGGUGGCACAAGCUUCACAACUGGACAGGUAGAACAACAAAAGAUGCAAUCAUUGCCAAAGGUCUAGAAGCGCUUCAAUUUUUCAAUGAUCGAUAUGGCAUUGAUUUGAUGGAUCUUGUUACAACAGAUGAACUGUACUUUGGCAACGUGUCACGCAUCAUCAAUGUCACCCCGACCGAGUCCUAUAGAUUCAGAACCCUCGUACUAAAAUGGCUCCCGGGAAAUGAUUACAGAGUGACUGUAGAAACGAUUGGAAAGAGGGUGAACUACUUUGAAAAUCCCGCUAUAGUCAACGAUCUUAUGUACGAGGUCGUUCCUCUGGAAAUGGGCGUAUAUGGCGGGACAUAUUCUGGCAAGAAAACCACGAACCAUAUUAUAGGUUUUGGGGAGUACUGGAUUGAUUUUGAAAAGUAUUGUGGGCUUGAAAACAAGGCGGUCACUAUAUUCCAUUGGUCUGAUGUCCCGGCGGAUCCACCAUUGUAUGUAUGUAGCGUGAACAGUUCCACCUGGGGGCUUGGUCAGGGUCAGGGAGCAAUUUGGAUGGACGGUGAUAGAUCUGUUCUCCAGGAGUUAAUAACAUUUCCACCUCCAUAAUUCAGGAUUAAGAUUAAAUAAAUACGCAGAU